CUUACGCCGCUAGCUCUGGUGCAGGGCUUAAAAAAGCUUUGCUACGCGUGCCAGUCCUGCUCAAAAUGGCAGCACUUGCGCAAGCAGCACAACUCCGGACAGCCGCACCACUCAGCAACUUGCGAGGCGAUUUAGUGGUGGCCUCCUACAAUCUCCUAGCACCCUGCUUCGUGCGCCCCGUCGACGCGCGCACGGGAACCAUCCAAGAGUUCGCCGCGUUUAAGUGGUGCGACGACGCCGUACUCGAAUGGCCGCGUCGCCGCGACGCGCUCGCGCAGACGCUGCGCCAGAUACCGCAGGACUGCGACGUCAUCUGCCUGCAAGAGGUCGAGUUUGAGAAGGAAGGCGACAAACGCGUCCCGCCGGCGUGGCUCACCGACGCGCUGGCGGGUUUUGAAAUUAUCGCGUGCAAAGCCAGCAUCCUCGAAAGGAACGCCAAGCGAAACUUGAGAGUGGUUGGCAAGGACGUGGCCGUGGCUAGCGCGGUGGCGGUGGCUGUCGGCCGCGGCUGGAGCGUCGCGUGGACCGGCGAGCACAAUGGCACUACGGAGGUGCUUGUCGGUGUCGAGAAAGACGGCGUCGGCCACGUGGCGGUUGCGUCGGUCCAUCUCGACGCCGGCUCGGAGGACAAGCGUGUGCAGCUGCUCGGCGCGACCUUGGCCGCCGCGCGGGCCCGAAUGGGCGGCGGCCGCAAUCUGCGCGUCAUCGUCGCCGGAGACAUGAACGCCGAGUUCAAAGUCGGUUCAGCUCUAGGUGCCGUCGUGUCGCCGGAGGACGGCGACGCGGCGGACGCGAUACGCGAGUGCACCGUGGCGCUACGACAUAGUCCGGAUGCGUCCGAGCUCGAGGCUUGGGCGGAGCUGCGCCGGAUUGCGCGCUUCGACAUUCAAAAGACGCUGCGGAGCGGCCUGCUGGGCCGCGUGCCCACGGGCGCGACGCGGUGCGGCUAUGACCACGAGGUCGCGGGUUCCACGGCGAUGCGCGCCUGGAGCCUCGACCACCUACUCUAUUCGCCGGCGACGCUCGCGCCGGUGGCUCGCUGGGCGACGCUCGAGGCCGACGCCGCGUCGCUUGCCUCGGGCCUGCCGAACGCGAGCUGGCCCUCCGACCACUUGCCCGUGGCCGCCGCGUUCUCCGUCGCGUAUCCAUCCGGUCCGCUGAGCGAGGCGGCGACAGCGGGGCUCCGGCGGUUGGCGCAAGCCGAGGCCGACGCCAACGCAGCCUACGCUGCCGCCGACGCGGACGACGCGGCCGCCGACGCCGCGGAGAAGCCGCCCAAAGGCGGUGGGAAAAAGCAGCGCCAGAGGUGCAAGCCGACGCCCGAGGCCAUCGAGCGCAAGCGGCGGCGGCGGCAGCGCAGGCAGGACCACCACGCAGCGCUAGGCGCGCGCCGCGCGGAAUUCGUCGCGGCGCUCGACGAGCACGACUACGACGCGCUCGAGGCGCGCGCGCUCCUCCUCAGACUGGAGCACCACAUAUCAUGUAAGGCCCCGGAUGCGCUGGAGACGUGGGCGGCAGCGACGUUGGAGCCAGUGGAAGAUCUCUUGUAAGUGUCUAG